UAGAUAGAUUCUCAGUGAUGUUCAGCACACGGUAUUUAAAGACUGUAUAUCAUUCCAGAGGGCUUGUGGUAGAACUAGCCUUCCAGAUCUGUCCUCCUUCGCUACAUCUUUCAGACAGAAAGUAUACGACUCGCUUAGAGAUAAUAAUACUCACUCUCUUUAACAACGCUGGCCCCUCGAGUCCAAGACCACAACAGAAAUCCACCAUGAAGCAGUCCCUCUUUCUCACUUUCUUGCUGGCAGCUCUUGCUACAGCCGUGCCGAUCGCUUCUGCGGUAGAGCGCCGCGAUGGAACGACCGAGUUCGAUCCCGAUUUCGGAUUCAAGAAGCGCGAUGGUACCACCGAGUUUGACCCUGACUUUGGGUUCAAGAAGCGGGACGGCACGACUGAAUUCGAUCCUGAUUUUGGGUUCAAGCGCACUUGAUGCGAAGCUUCGAUUCAACGACAAGAUUCAUGACUGAUGCUGGAGUUUGGGCCAACGGGAUGAGGCGGGGAAGCGUUCGUUACCUGCAUACAUUACUUAGUUCUUAGUUUCUUGGCCUCAUGAGAAUGUCUAGAGUACUGUACUUGGAAACAUUAAAGUUGGCUCAUCAGACGGCUUUUCGCUCGAAGCUAUGUUCCCGCUAUAUUUUAGUCAAAAUAUGCACUGUAUAAAUAGUUAAUCGCGCGGGGUAUCUGCGGCAGUACUCAC